UUUUUCUCAAUCGUAGGAAUUUCCCGUGAUUCUUGGCAUAAGAGGCGCAGUACUGGUGGUAAGAAAAAGGCAAUCCGUAAAAAGAGGAAGUAUGAACUUGGCCGACCACCAGCCAACACCAAGGUAAAUGCAAAAUAGGGUAAUUUAGUGUUAUCAACUGAGUUUAUAGCAUAAAUUGGCCACUGUAAAGAGUUUCAAAGCUGACAUUUGGAGUAUCAGCCCUUCGCCAUUGGCUCUGACAUUGGGCUAAGUUCAAAAUGUCAGCUUUAACCCUUAAAUUCCCAGAACUGACUAACAUGUAACUUCUCCCUUUGAUAUUCAUACAUUAUCCAGCACACAGUUAAUGAGAAUACUCUAACUUAUUAGGUAGAAGUUGUUAUUUGAAUUUAUAACAAAUUCUGUAAGAAAUUUACAAGGGAAUUUGUAGCAGCUAGAUGGGAGGAUUAAAAAUCAGAUCUUGGGAGUUAAAGGGUUAAAACUCUUAAUGGUGGCCAAUUUACAUCAUUAAUUCAGUUGAUAAUACUAAAUUAGCCUGUUAUACACUCCUACUCAGGGCUCAGACUCAGCAGUGGUCUAUAAGCCAAUUACCAGUAGAUUUUGAAUUUUAGUUAGUGGAUUUUUCACAUUUACUAGCAAUCUUGUUAGUAAAUCCUGACCAUUUACUAGCCAGUUGACUAAUAAGUUCAGAAGUCAAGUUUGAGCCCUGCCACUGAUGCUACACCACAGUUUCUUUAAAAACUUACCCCCUUUAUUUAAAUGCAAAAUACUUCACUGAGUUUGGUCGGUGCAUUAAUAACAACAGCUGACCAUUUUCCCACUCAGUUGAUUAUUGCCUCUUCUGCUCUGCCCCCAACGUUGAUAUGAAAAGAGCAGAAUUUCUUAGGAAACUCCCACAUUACAGUAAAUGCUGCAAAUUUGGGGGAAGUCAAGAUAAGGGGUUAACCUUUAACUACUAAGAUCUGAUUGAUAACUCUUCUCUCUUGUUGCUACACAUUUCUUUACAAAUUAGUUGGGAGAAUUUGGUGUUAAAUCAAGAAACUUCAACCUGAGAAGUUUGAGUAUUCUCAUUACCUGUUUACUGGAAGAUAUAUGGAUUUUAUUGCUUACUUCUGAGGAUUAAAAUGUUACUAACUUAUAUUGUGUCUUUUGCAGCUUGGAAGCAAGCGAAUCCACAAUGUGAGAACUCGCGGUGGAAACCAAAAAUUCAGAGCUUUGAGACUGGACACUGGAAACUACUCAUGGGGAUCAGAAAGUAUGCUCUUUCAUCCUUUCACUCCAAAGAUUAGAACCUAAAUUCUUUACGCUGUGUGUGAUAUAUUAUUUAUAUUACAAUUGCACAAGAUGAAAAUAAUACAAUCAUUUUCACAUCAAAGGUUUUGCACUUGCCUUUAAUUAAAACCAGAGGCUUAAGUCAUCAUGGAAAUUCACUUUGGGCAUCUUGUAAAUUGCCUAUUAUGCAGCCCUUCAGGAACCAAGGCCAAAACUUGACACAAUGGCAGUAUGAUGAAAGAUUAUGAAGUGGAAGAGUGUUUUUACCAUCUUGGUAAUCUUGUCACUCUUAUGACCAUUUGUCAUAGUUACCCUGACUGCUCAAAAAUGCAGGACUGACACAAGGAAAGUCAUCUUCUCUUAUUGUAUGAUCUCUUUAUGCAUCUUAAAUGUAUGGAAUUAAAGAAUUCUGCCAUCACCUUCUUUAGGUGUUACUCGCAAGACUCGUCUCAUCGAUGUUGUUUACAAUGCUAGUAACAACGAGUUGGUACGAACCAAGACUCUUGUGAAGAACUGCAUUGUACAAGUGGAUUCCACUCCUUUCAGACAGUGGUGAGUGUGAAUGUUGUAUUAUGAUUUUGUUUUUUUUCCUGAGAGAAGUUAGCGGAGUGAAGUUUCAGCAGGAGAGAUGAUGAUGCUAGCAGAGUUUCCACUAGUUGUAACUAAAGACCAUUUACUGAUUUUAGCUCACCAAGGAGCUGUUGAAUAUUUAUUAUUAUUAUUAUUAUUAUUAUUAUUAUUAUUAUUAUAAUGGGAGCCACAAUUUUCUGUUUCUCAGGUAUGAGGCUCAUUAUGGCAUGCCCCUUGGUCGCAAGAAGACCACUAAAACAGUAUGUACUUUGUAUCACCUUCUAUUCAUCCUUUGUCCUGUAGGGACCCUUUGCCUGAGAAGACGUAGGACUCACCUUGACAUAUGCCUUUAAUGACAAUGAGGAUUCCAACCUUAAUCCCUCAAAUAUUCUAAAUCCCUAACAACCACAUAGCUAAUGCAAGGUGCACAUUAAGUUAAGUUUUGUACCUGCCCAGGCAAACAACAAUGGUGAUUCCAACAAUGAGGAUUCCAACAUCAAUCCCUCCAAUAUUCUAAGUCUCCAACAACCAUGUAGCUAACACAAGGUGCACUUCAAGUUAAGUUUUUUAUCUGCCUAGACAAAAGGUCUCAUUGGUAUUCAUAGUUUUCUUCAUAUCUUGCUCUGCUCAAAAGAUGUCAAACAAAAUUAAAGGUGAAUAAACUCUCCUUACAAUCAACUUUACAAUAAUACCCAAACAUCACAAAACCAGGUGCCCAUGUGGGUCAGAAAAUUUAUAUGUUAAGGAUUACAUAACACAAUGUUAACUGUGGGCUUCUUGAUGUACAACAAAAAUCUCCCAAGACGUGGUGAAGCUAAAGUGUCAGGAGUGUAGGAAGAGUCUUGAUUUAGACCCUGGUACUCAAUGGGUGGGAUUUCAUUUCAGGUGGAAACAGAUGAAAGUGAUGUGUUAAACAAAAAACGAUCACGUCACUGUCAAAAAAAGAUGGAAGUACGUAAAGGAACAGCCAAGAUUGCACCUCUGCUUGAGGAGCAGUUUACCACUGGACGAUUGUAUGGUAAGAGAAUGUCUUCUGGGUCAGAAUCUCAAACCAUCUGAGUAAUGUCAUGUUCAGAAAUUUCACAAAAUUAUUGCAGAGUAUGAUUGUCAAGGCAUGAGGAGGGCUGUUGUUGGUAGCACUGACUGACAGUUUGGGAACUUAGACAGAAAUCAUCAUCAGACUUUAAUGACAACUUUCGUUGCUACAAGUCAGGAAAAAGGUGGAGAAUUUCACUUUGGGUCUGGGAAAAUUUACACCUAUGAAAGAAGUCAGAGAAAAGCAAAUUUUACAAGAUAUGAGGUUGUUUGUGUUGUCCCUUGUGUCGAGAAAUGGUGACACAUUCCUUUCCCUUGGCAAUGGAAGUCAAAAGUGGUUUGUAAAUGCAGGGGUACAUUGUUGUCGUAGUCUUCUUUUUUCAUUGUUUUUAAACAUUUUAAAUUCUUUCUUCUACAGCAUGUGUGUCUUCACGACCUGGCCAGAGUGGACGAUGUGAUGGUUACAUACUUGAGGGCAAAGAACUUGAGUUUUAUGUGCGUAAAAUCAAGGCCAAGAAAGCGAAGUAG